AUGGCGAAGAAGAAAGAGAAGUCGGUGAAUGUCUCAGGAAAGCCGAAGCACGCCCUUGAUGUUAACCGAGAUGGGAAUGCAAGCAAAGGCAAACGCAGCGCCUCCACGGUGCGGCGGCUCAAGAUGUACAAUACGAAGCCGAAGCGUGACAGUAAGGGCAAGAUUGUGAAGCACGAUUUGCAGUCCAAGGAGUUGCCAUCUACUCGAAUUCAACCCGAUCGCCGAUGGUUCGGUAAUACUCGGGUUGUAAAUCAGAAAGAGCUUGAAUUUUUCCGUGAAGAACUGCAACGCCGGCUAUCUAGUAACUACAAUGUCAUUUUAAAGGAUAGGAAACUGCCAAUGUCCCUUUUAAAUGAUCACCAGAAGCAAGCAAGAGUUCAUCUUCUCGAUACGGAGCCUUUUGCAGAUGCAUUUGGACCUAAGAAGAAGAGGAAGCGUCCAAAGCUGAUGGUAUCAGAUUACGAGGCACUAGCUAAGAAGGCUGAUGGUUCUCAAGAUGCAUUUGAAGAGAAAUAUGGUGCAAGUGUAUCUACAGAAGGAAUUGAAGAUGGAUUCAGGGACUUGGUUCGGCAUACAAAUAUUUGA